CCAUAGCAACCACAAGGCCCAUAGCAACCGUAGUGCCUAUAAAUACCGGUACAACACCUAAACACCUCAGUAUUUACUAAUCUAAUAAUGUAGACCAAAGAUGUCUGAUCUUAAUGAUAAAGUAAUGAUUACAGGGGAGCAAAGCUGGCUCUGUCCAGAAUGCUUCACUAACAACACAGUGAACGAUGAAGAGUACACUUCCCAGUGCACGUUUUGUAGCUACUUUGUUUCUUUGGUGGAGGAUGCUCCUUCGAGCUCAUCGGUGGAUCCGUGUGCUAAGAAGAAAACGAUUUUUGGAAGCGUUUUCAAGUUUUGGGGAAAAUGUAAAAAAAAUAUUUCGAAAAGAAGAUUUACUGCAGCAUCUUCUUCUGAAAGCUCAUCGGCUUCAGGUACCGUUAAGGAGACGCCUAGUGGAUGUGUUAACAGUGUUGGGGAACAACCUGCAUUAUCAGGAUCUAAUGCAGGUCCAGUGGAUGAGGAUGAAGAGAGGAAGACAGCUGGAAACUGGCACGGCACAACAAGCCUCAGCUCCAAUGCAGUGGCCAACAAGGAGAGCUUUUUUUGUGACCAUUCUGUUGGUUUGUUGACGGACCAGCCAGCAGUUUCGGUGAAUGAGGAAGAAGAGCUUGAGACAAUUGGAUACUGGCAUUGCCGAAAUUGCCUCACCUGCAACACAAUGUAUGAUGAGGAGGACUCUUUCACAUGCACUUUUUGUGACCAUUCUGUUGGUUUGUUGACGGACCAGCUAGCAGUUUCGGUGGAUGAGGAAGAAGAGCUUGAGACAAUUGGAUACUGGCACUGCCCAAAAUGCCUCACCUGCAACACAGUGUACGGUGAGGGGGACCCUUUCUCAUGCAUUUUGUGUGGCUGUCCUGGAAGCUCAUUGUCAUCUUCCAGUAGCUGUGGAUCUUCUGGAAGAUCAUCGCCGUCUCAGAAUGAGGAUUCUGAAGACAAGAUUUACUCUGAUCUGAUAGGAGCUAGUGAUGUGAAAUCUAUGCCUGGUAAACCCAGCAACAGUGAUAGAGAGUUACGUUCCUCUAGCACCUUCUCAAAUCAGCAUGAUGGCACGAGCGGGAACACUGGUACAACAAAUCUUAUCCACAAUCGACACUGGGAGAGUGACUAUGAGGAUGAGGAAGAAGCCAGCAGCAGCAAACAGCCUGCAGAAACAUCAAAGGUUGGCUCUUCAGAUGUGGACUCUCCCUCACAUCAGCAUGCUAGCACUAGCAAGAACAGUGGUCUGAUCGCAGAUCUGACAGAUGAAGAGCCACACUGUUUUAAGACUGUGCUCAACAACCACAAACAACACUGGGAAAGUGACUAUGAGGAUGAGGAAGAAGCCAGAAGCAGCAAACAGCCAGCAGAAACAUCAAAGGUUGGCUCUUCAGAUGUGGACUCUCCUUCACAUCAGUGUGCUAGCACUAGCAGGAACAGUGGUCUGAUCGCAGAUCUGACAGAUGAAGAGCCACACUGUUUUAAGACUGUGCUCAACAACCACAAACAACACUGGGAAAGUGACUAUGAGGAUGAGGAAGAAGCCAGAAGCAGCAAACAGCCAGCAGAAACAUCAAAGGUUGGCUCUUCAGAUGUGGACUCUCCUUCACAUCAGUGUGCUAGCACUAGCAGGAACAGUGGUCUGAUCGCAGAUCUGACAGAUGAGGAGCCACACUGUUUUAAGACUGUGCUCAACAACCAUAAGCGACACCGGGACAGUGAUGAUGAGGAUGAGGUAGGAGCCAGCAGCAGCAGCAGCGGCAAACAGGCUGCCAAAAAGCAAAGGUUGACUCUUCAGAUUUGGCCUCUCCCUCAUAUCAGCAAGCCAGUGCUAGUGGAAACAGUGGGGUAACAAAUCUCAAGGCAGGUAAGUCUAACACUUUUAUCACUAACCACAAGCGACACCAGGACAGUGACCAUGAGGAUGAGGAGGAAGCCACCAGAAACGAACAGCCUGCAAAAAACCUAAGGUUGGCUCUUCAGAUUUGGCCUCUCCCUCAUAGCAGCAAGCCAGCGCCUGUGGGAAGAGUGUGGUAACAGAUCUUAAGGCAGGUAGGUCUAACACUCCACUCAUUAACCAAAAGCAACACUGGGACAGUGAUCAUGAGGAUGAGGAUAGCACUAGUGGUAAGAGUGUGGUAACAGAUCUCAAGGCAGGUAGGUCUAACACUCCACUCACUAACCACAAGCGACACUGGGACAGUGAUCAUGAGGAUGAGGAUAGCGCUAGUGGGAAGAGUGUGGUAGCAGAUCUCAAGGCACGUGCGUCUAAAGUAGAAAAUCUGUCACUGCGUGAUGCAAGUUUCGUUGUCAGCAGAGUACACACGUACUGUACAUGCCGCCAGUUCCAGCAAUCGGUUAUCUGUGCAGAUUAAUUUGGAAAAACCAAUUGGUCGUCCUCCUUUGCAGGACACCACAAGGGCACGCACAGCAAUGCUGCACAGAUAGCCGAUCCCGAGCUACAAUCGAACCCGGACCCUGUAGUUGUGAAGCGGCAGCUACGCCACUAGGAACACACAAAUUAAAUACACGAUUAAGACGAUACUCUGAUUAAGAAACUACCAUGUAAACAGCGAUUAUUGAUUACUUUAAUCCGGCUAAAGUCAUAUUCGAAGUAAACAAAAAUCGAGCCACAGAAGUUUUGGGAUUCUGUUCUGUGGAGCGAUGAAACAAAACUGGAACUUUUCAGCACGAAAAGAAUGAAGAAAGAACACUCUGUCCACAGUCAAGCAUGGUGGUGGCGCGGUGAUGCUCUGGGGCUGCUUUGAAUCCUCUGGCACUGGAAACCUUCAGCGUGUGGAAGGCAAGAUGGAUUCAUUGAAGUAUCAGGAAAUCUUAGGAGAAUUGGCUCCCAGUGAAAUCUCACAUUGAUUAUAAAAUACUAUUAUUAACUUAUAAAGCACUAAACGGUCUCGCGCCACAGUAUCUAAGCGACCUUUUGGUUUUCUAUGAUCCGCCACGCCUACUUAGAUCAAAAGAUGCAGGCUAUUUAUUGGUACCUUGAAUAGCGAAGGCUACAGCAGGGGGAAGAGUUUCUCUUAUAGAGCCCCACAGUUAUGGAACAGUCUUCCAAUUAGUGUUCGGGACUCACACACAGUUUCAGUGUUUAAGUCUAGGCGUAAAAUGUAUUUGUUUACUCAAGCCUACCAUGACUAGACUUUCUGUUAUGCUAAGCACAGUCCCAAUAAUCUUUUCUCUCCCUCUCUCCUUCUGUCGGGCCAGACACGAUUUUAUGUAGAUACUAGAGAUCCUGAUCCUCUCUGCUCUCCGGACCUGCCUGAUCCGUUUCGGAUGUCCUACCUUUGAAUGGAUCUCUCAUCUACUCCAAUUCCAGAUUGCUGGGACUACGGCUGCUUCUAAGGCCAAACAGAUUUCAUAUAAAUCCAUAAUGAACUUUUUCACACUAUCUGUUGUUACCCAGAUGAGGAUGGGUUCCCUUCUGAGUCUGGUUCCUCUCAAGGUUUCUUCCUCUUAACAUCUUAGGGAGUUUUUCCUUGCCACCGUCGCCACCGGCUUGCUCAAUUGGGAUAAAUUCGCACUUUUAAAAUCUGUAUAACGUUUAUGUUAUGUUUCUGUAAAGCUGCUUUGAGACAAUGUCUAUUGUAAAAAGUGCUGUACAAAUAAAAAUUGAAUCGAAUUGAA